GCUUCUUUCCUUUCCUCUCCUUUCGAACACCCGAUCUCCACCUCUCCCGCCCCGUACACUCUCGCUUAGCCACUCACUUUCACACACAUCCUUACAUUCAAAAUGGUCGCCUCUGUUGGAAAGAUUGCCCCCGGCUUCAAGGCCACUGCCGUCGUUGACGGCGCCUUCAAGGAGGUCUCCCUCGACGACUACAAGGGCCAAUAUGUCAUCCUGUUCUUCUACCCACUUGACUUCACCUUUGUCUGCCCCACCGAAAUCAUCGCCUUCUCUGAGGCCAUCGAGCGCUUCAACGGUCUCAAGACCGCUGUCCUUGCUUGCUCCUGCGACUCCGAGUUCUCUCACUUGGCCUGGGUUAACACCCCCCGCAACCAGGGUGGUCUUGGCCAGAUGAAGAUCCCCAUCAUCGCUGACUUCACCAAGAAGAUCGCCACCGAAUAUGGUGUCCUCAAGGAGGACGAGGGUGUCGCUUACCGUGGUCUCUUCAUCAUCGAUCCCAAGCAGGUUGUCCGCCAGAUCACCAUCAAUGACCUUCCCGUCGGCCGCAACGUUGACGAGGUCGUCCGCCUGGUCGAGGCCUUCCAGUUCACUGACGAGCACGGUGAGGUCUGCCCCAUCGGCUGGCAGAAGGGUCAGUCUACCAUCAAGCCCGAUGUCGCUGGAUCCAAGGAGUUCUUCGCCUCCUCUGCCUAAAUGUGCAGUUGGACGCCUAUCCAUUGCGCAAUCAUAAAGUUGUGUCCCACAGCUUUAACAACACACAUUGUCAUAUAGCAUGCAUUUUUGCACAACCCAUAUACAUACACGAGCACGUCUUUUUCUUGCAAAUAAAAAAACCAACUAGAGACAAACGAAGUGGUUGAAAUUGAUGCAUCUGAUCUGUGAGACGACCCAAAUAUGGCCGAUCCGUGUUGCUGCGUACAUGGAACAGGUUCUCACGAUAAAGUGGCG